AUGCGCGGUGGUUCAGCCAAGGCAUCAGCAUUUUUCUUCUUAGUAGCACUCGUGCCCGCCGUCACUCACGGUCUGCCAACUCGCAGCCUGAGCACCAAUGCGGCCACCGAGGAGGAUUCCGUGAUUCUGUGGCAAGAGCUCGAUGGUGUCUACGCGCAAUUCAAAGCAUCAUGUGCUAGUUGUGCAUCAAACGAUGAAAAUGUUUGGCCAGUCGACUUCUUCAUCGGGGGUACCAGUGGUCCCUGUGACAAUGUUACGGUGGCUGUAAACGGACAGGAACUUUAUCAUCACUGGGAUCGCGAGUUCUCCUCCGGUUCAGGCAGUAUCCCGUCCAGUCCGUCUAAUGGAAGUGCUGAACUACAAGCAACCUGGCAAAGCAUAUGCGUUUCAGCGCCUUUAGGUGCGCCUCAUAAACAAAACGCCUAUAUAUUCACUCUUAUCAAAGAUAAUGAACAUGACCGCAGCCUCGAAGACGAUAUUGGCUUUACAGUCUCAUUCGGUGGUUACAACGAGAUUGAAGUGCUACGAGUGUCGACUUUCCCUGUGGAUCUUAGUCACGGAUCAGAGUGGGAGGAAUGGAGACACUCAGAUGAUGAGAUUGAAUCGGGUACAGAUUCGGCACUCGAUUAUUCUGGGCUCGCUUCAGUUGCCAUGAAACUCGAGGCAGAGCUUCAGAAACUACAGGUUCUUCGGUACGAACUUCAGCUGUUACAGAACUCGGUGACCCUGCAGGAAAAGAAAAUCCGUCGUCUGCUCAAAAAAGAUUGCGAGCCGCUGCUCACAAAAUGGCACAAAUGUGACGGGUUUUUGUGCUACUUGAAGUCUUCCUGGCAAAAGGUGCCUGAAUUCUAUUGGUCUGUACGGUAUCGAUUCGGUCUAUUAGGAUCUGGAAGGAUCAAUCCUAUAUGUCCUAGUCAAAAGCAGCCUUCGCAUCAUGAUCCAACUAUAAGCCCAGAUUCUCCGUCAACUAUAAUUUCUCAUCCGGUCCCGACUGUUUCGAAUCAUUAUACAAAUCCGCAUUAUCUAUCAACUAUAACCUCUCGUCCGGUCCCUACAAUUUCGAAUUAUAAUGCAGAUGCAAAAACUAUAAAUACUCUACCAAUCCCGACACUUUCACAUCAUAAUUCAGAUGCAACGACUAUAAAUCCUCAUCCGGUCCCUACAAUUUCGAAUUAUAAUGCAGAGGCAAAAACUAUAAAUACUCUACCAAUCCCGACACUUUCGCAUCAUAAUUCAGAUGCAACGACUAUAAAUCCUCGUCCGGUUCCGACAAUUACAAAUUAUAACACAGAUAUAAACCCAGAUGCAUCCAUCACAGAGGUCGUGCUACCAUCGCCUUCUCCAAUCAAACACUUUCUCAGAUCAUGUGCCAUUCUUCUACUUAUCGCUCUGAUAUUUGGACUUUUCUUCCGUGUGAUACGUCACUCAACAGCGUUCCGACGACGUCGGCGAGAUCUUGCCUCCAGACAGGAAGAGCUGAGAGCUCGUCGAGCCUACAGAAAUGCUGCACGGCGACUUCGCUGGCGCCAAUGGUGGGAAAGACGAUCCUAUUUCCUGACACGCAGCGUCGCAUCCAGUCACUCUCUUGCCGAAUUCGAGCACGCCCGUGGCGCCAACCAAAAUGACAAUGUGGGCAAUAGAAGACUCUCCGUUCAUGACGACGACGACGACGAUGUCUCGGAUUCAGAUAGCUAUACUUCAUCCGAGCGCGCGGGCGAAGAGUCGGAUCGCAGACUAAUGCAAAACGAAAUUCUCGGCUUGCGCCGCGUACUCGAAUAUGUCGGCGACCUAGUCAGUGCAGACGUGUCCUCUUCAUCACCAUCGAGUCGUCGAAGGCUUCGUUCGCGGUCCCGAUCCCGCCCACCCCCAUAUGAGGACGUAGUCACCGCGCAUGCCAGAAGGAAUAGCGCUACCUAUCGUGGUUCCGGUGGGAUUCAUUCGUCGACACCACCACCACCGGGAAUGUCUUCUGCGUCAGCAGCUGGCCUCAGCUCGCCACGAGCGAGUACCAUGUUUAGUCUCGAGACGGGCUCGCGCAUCACGUUGGAGACGAUAGAUACCCUGGAUUCAGGCACGGCGCCGCCUUCGUAUCAUACUCAUUCUUAA